ACUUCAAGUCCUCCAGCAGCAGUAGUGCAAUGGCCUCUCGGACCAGGCACACCAGUACCUUCUAGGGCACAGCGAUAUGGUCUAGUCUCUGAGAGGCCUCGCUCUAGAACUGCUCCUGUCUUACCAUUGUUUAAGACUGCCUGCUCUGGGAUUUCUGAUCAUAAUGACUCUAUGGGGCUGAAAAUCAAGGAAAUUGAUGGUAUGCCUGUCUGGUACAGGAAUUUUAACAGACAGAAGACUGGAGAUUCCGAAGUAUCUGAAGACUCUACCUCUGCAUCAGGUCAACCUGGUUCCCUCAUUACGAGAUCGUCGCCGCCGCCUCCUUGUUGUUUUCAUCGCCACCAGCGAUCUCUCCCUGGCAGAGUUCCUAUGUGUGGACAGGUUACCCUUCCAGCAAUGGCGCCUCUUGCUGACGCUUCUGCUGCUGUAAUUGGGUCGAUGACUCGUCUACGUCGACAACUAUACACCUCCGAUCCUAUCUCUCCUGUUUCUUCAUUGUCCUAUAGUCCACACAGCGUCCGUCAAACAAGUCCGAAUAAUCAACCGCAGACAUUAGUAACAGUUACUUCUGCUCUUUCUCCUGGCGCCGCUCCUGAAGCCAAUCCAGGAUUUUCAUACUUGUUAACUAACCAGGAUAGUCUGGGAGAGAAGGAUCCAGGUUCUCUCCUGCUCGGAUCUCAGGCUUGGUUAGCUUUGCCCACUUCCCUUAUGUCACCGCACUCGUUGAUCUCCAACAUAGAUUUGAACUCUAGACAGUCAAGCCAUUCUAUUUCCAGACCUGAGUCACCAAGGGGCCCUGCCGAUUGGCGCAGUCGCGCUAGUGGUGGCCUUGGCCUUGGACCUGUAGCACCAACUGGACAGAAACGAAAUCAUAGCAACAAAGAGGAUUCACAAUGGACCGAUAAUAUUGCUAUUGAAGUUAUGGCCAAGUCGACAGACCAGAGUAAGCCGGGGUAG